AGGGUGAGUGUCUGUCGAGGCCCAAUCAGCAGCUCAGUGCUGCCUGCCGGUGCCGGGGACUGGUGGUGAGGGGCUGUUGCAACGCGUCAGGACCGGACCGUGAACCCGGAGACGCUACACACUGAGGCGAAAGGAGACACAGGAUGGAGCAGAUGUCUGAGGAGGCGCUGAGGCUUAACCUACUAAAACGAGGCCUUGAGUCACCCAGUGAGCGAGAAGAGGCACUGGCUAAGCGCCUCAAAAUGGAGGGUCACGAGGCCAUGGAGCGCCUGAAGAUGCUGGCGCUUCUUAAACGCAAGGACUUAGCUGACCUAGCAGCCCUAGAUGUUGCGGGGACCUUGGGAGAUGGGAAGGGCCCUGGAGCCAGCACCCUCCAUCACCAGAGCCUAAUGGGUGCUGCUUAUGAGGAGAAGUUAAACGGCAGUCUGAGAAUGGGAAGCCACAGUGGCCACGUUGGACCAAGUAAGAAUGGCAAGGAGAACAUCCUGGAUGAGCCAGUAGACAUGAGCGCUGGGAGAAGAUGUGAUGCUGAUCAUGACAGACGAACUCCGUCGCCAGACGUCAUCAUCCUGUCAGACAAUGAGGCUUCCAGCCCCAGAACAACACCUCGGCCAGAAGAGCGCGUGCACAAGGCCAACCUGGACAUGUUCAAGGGGAAGACAGGAGAGGAGAGGCAGCAGAUGAUCAAAGCUCUAAGAGAAGAACUUCGUCUGGAGGAGGCUCGUCUUGUGCUGCUCAAGAAGCUCAGACAGAGUCAAAUGCAGAAGGAGAACGUGGUUCAGAAGGUCCCGGUGGUCCAGAAUGCUGCAUCAUCUGUGCAACCUCCCCCCAUCCACAGCUCUCCUGGUCUGGGCAAGCUGCCUGUGAGGCCAGGUCUACACAACCCUGAGCCCCAGAACCUCCGCACUGCACAGGGUCACACAGUCAUCCGGUCAGCAGCCAAUGCCAACUUGCCACCUAUGUUGAUGUCUCAGCGAGUGAUUGCUCCCAACCCUGCCCAGCUGCAGGGCCAGAGGGUCGCUUCCAAACCUGGGAUGUCUCGUUCCAGUUCCAGCAGCCUGGCUAAUGCUGUCAGCUAUCAGCAGGCCAGUCAGGUGGCAGCUUCCCAGCGCUCAGGCUCCAGUGCCAUGUACAUGAACCUGGCCCACAUGCAGGCGGCAGCAGCAGUUGGGGCCGGUGGGGUGGCAAGUGGUCUGGGCGGAGCUUCGGCUGUGAGCCCGUCCACUAUGUCUGGAUCAGCAAGUGGAGCAGUGAGUUCCAUGGCAGACCAGGCCAGCAGCCAGGCAGCAGCUAAGCUGGCCUUAAGGAAGCAGCUGGAAAAAACCUUGUUGGAGAUCCCUCCACCAAAACCCCCAGCCCCUCUCCUUCACUUCCUGCCCUCUGCUGCCAACAGCGAGUUCAUCUACAUGGUGGGCCUAGAGGAGGUGGUGCAGAGUGUGCUUGACAGUCAGGGUAAGCUGAGAGGAACGCUGGCCCGUAUGGAGCCAUUCUUCUGUGCCCAGUGCAGAACUGACUUCACCCCCCACUGGAAGCAAGAGAAGAGUGGGCGAAUCCUCUGUGAGCAGUGCAUGACAUCCAAUCAGAAAAAGGCUUUGAAGGCAGAGCAUACCAACAGGCUGAAGAACGCCUUUGUGAAGGCCUUACAACAGGAGCAGGAGAUUGAACAGAGGCUGCAGCAGCAGGCCGCUCUCUCUCCCAGCUCAGUCCCUACCAACGCCUCCAAGUCUGAAAGUAUGAUCCGACAUCAUGCCCUCCGCCAGGCUCCCCAGCCUCAGGCCUCCCUGCAGCAAGGGCUGUCGAACUCUGCACGAGGCGUCCUAUCCAACUUUGCCCAGGCCUCCCAGCUGUCAGUGGCCAGCAGCCUCAUGGGCAUGACUAGUGCCAAGCACUGUGGCAGCAGUGGAGGCAGCAACAGCAGCAGCAAUAGACUGCAACACGACAGCCGUCGCCAGAUCUACAACAUCCCAGGGUUAAAUAUUGCCUAUCUGAACCCAGCGGCUGUUGGAGCCCAUAAGAGCUCCAGCUUAGCAGACCGGCAGAGAGAGUACCUGUUGGACAUGAUCCCACCUCGAUCCAUAUCGCAGUCUAUCACUGGACAGAAAUGAGCCCUGUCCAGCUCUUGCCCCCUGAAGCCACCUCCAUCUUCAUACCUAAACCAUACUGAAGCACUCCCAAAUCAGCCAAUACCCCCUCCCCUUCACCUCCCAUCGCAUGCAGUGCCUGUCCGUGUGCCUACCUUAAACUGACCCAUAAAAACCCACAAAGUUGGAAAAAGACUCUAAAUUAUCAGUGCGUCUCACAUGCUCUUAUUAUAGUAAAAUCCUUCUUCUUCAGUGUAUUUAAGAAUUAUAAUUCCCCUUAUUAUAACUGGUGGUAGCACUAUUAUUCCUGUAACUACCAUAUUUGCUUCUGUUACUAUUACUCAUUUAUGCUUUUUUUUUCUUUUAAAAGUUUGUUUUUGUUUUUCGGCUGUCUAACUUUUACUCUGGGUAGUAACAGUCAGGCGUUGUCAGGUCUCUUUAGGCCGCAGUCAUAUAGGAUUUUUUUUUCUCUACUUUAUCCUAAAGCUUAGAUGCAACUGUUGCUAGUAACAGAAGAUCAAGACGAUGCAUUCUGGUUGUUAUGCAACUUUCAAGCUUUAUAUAUAUAAAAAAAAAAAAAAAAUCUCGACUUGCUAACUUGGAAGUAACAAAGUGGAAAAUACUGAUGGGUACAAAAACAGACAAUGCUCUGCAUGCUCUUCAAAAGAGGAUGAGGAACCCAUUUUAAAAAUGGAAAGCGUGGAGGGAGGGGGUGAUGGGGGAGGGAUUUAGAGCAGAGCACCCACACCUCUACAAUCCUCAGAAGGGCCUGUUUCACAGUGAUACACAGCUACAGUUCAGAUAUGGUAAGCUUAAAGAUCAGGACAGCGGAGACAGCCUGCCACCAACAGAGCUAAUGAACUGGGAGUGAGUAACAGAAGAUGCAGAAGAAAAAUCCUAUGUGAUCAAAGCUCGGAUAACCUUUUCCUUUGCUCCCACCAUUGUUCAUGAAAAGCUUCUCAUCAGUUUCUUCAUUUCAGGCGUCGGCCUGUCCUGUUACAGAUUGGAACAGUAACCACAUUCGUAUAUGCUGGAUAUACUUAAGUUAUACUUAUCGGGACUGACGGUCGCAGCAGUUUCACACCUGCCCCUUCAGCAGACCAGCAGUCAAUAGCAGCUCCAGCAAGAAGGAAGCUGACAGACCGAGUCUGUCGUCUGCAUACCUGCCAAGUAUUCAGGAGGAUGAUGGUCUUCAUUCGGAAAGAAACCUGUUGAUUUUUUCCUCCUGGUCCCAUAACCAUUUCACUAUUUGCCAGUGACACCCCCCCCGCCCCCCGCCCCCCUUCAAAACCACCCCCAUACUCCCCAACCCAAUACCUUUGGCUAUUCAGUAUGCACAGACUGAACCCUUUGACCCUGCUGUUCCUCUUGGCAUCACAUAUUCUUUGAGAGAGUGAAGAGAACUCAAAGCUAAAGGUGGGAGCACAUUUUGUGCAUCCAAACCACAGACUCUGUAACUAAAAAUCUGGGUUCCUCUUCUUUUUAUAUUUUGGUUUUUAGAUUGUUUUCUGAUUGUUGUGCAACACCACAUUCCCCAGUCCCGACCCCCCCUUGCUCCCAUCCCUACCCCCCCCCCCUUUCUUUUUUUCCUUUUUUGUUUAGAGUCUUUGCGGCGUCUCCUAAUAAAAUGGUGGCAUACCUGAGAGGUAUAGCUUCCUGAGACGAUAAUAAUCGACAUAAAACAGAAACUAUUAAAAUAUCUGUAUGGAUUAUGUAUAGAUGCCUAGCUUCAGAGAAAAAGGAUGUGGAUUUUAUCUUUUAAGGGAGAGACAUGGAUCAAUCAUUGUGUGCAUGCUCUGCACACAUGUUGCCUCACUCCAAAGGAGCACUGUGCAUAUUUCAAAUUGGAUUUUUCUUUUUUUUUUUUUUCUUUUAAUGGAGAAGAAUUAAGAGUGGCUGAGGUCUGGAUGCUGGCUGACGGCCAACCAGAGUCGGGUGAGAUGUCCUGAGUAGCAUGGAUUGCAUUGUGGUGUGUUUUGUGUUUUGUUUUUUUCAAAGUGCUCCUACUUUUCUUAUUUACAGGCUCAUGUUGCCGUCAUCAUCGUCCCCAUUAGAACAUGUUUACAUGCUUUAAUGUUCAAAAAACACUUUAAAUGAUACUUUGUGAUGCUGCAGCACCUCUCCACACUGAAAUACUCAGUUAUUAGUUCCUGUCGCUUUAGGGUCCUCCUCCCCAAAGGCCCAGUCUGCUUUGAUUGGUCAGUUGGCAUGACAUAAGCAAGGCAAAGUUGGUUACAUAGGUAAACACUAUAGCUUGCACUCAGCUGUGGGCUCGUAACAAGACCCUCAGCCUGAGCCACAGUAGGAUGACACUGUGUUGCUUCUGUCUGAGGGCUCAUUGAACUCACUGCACGUUACGACGGGGUUACGUGAGUCUCAUUGGGCUGCGUUUGUGUCACUUUUUCAUACUUGUUCUUUUGUCUGACCGCGCGAGCAAGAAGAAAAGUAAAUGAACAGGUUUACUGGGAUUGUGUCUUUGUUGUUGCAUCUGGGUUUAGAGGACCUCUCGUUCUUUGAGAGUGCGCCAAACAGUUUUGCAUGGUGGGGUCGUUGACCAAAGAAAAACACAGACUACAAGGUGUUUGUGGCAGUUCAGCCGUAGUGUUCUGCGGGACAGUUUUAUCUUCCAGUUGCUAUCCUGUUGUCCUGCUUUGGCCUCUACAUACACAAAUAAACUAUCUAACACUCUAAAGGGGGAGGCGGGCAUAAUAGGGGCACUUAAAUUGCUGAUAAAUGGAUAAAUCCUAAUUUAGUGUGCCAGUGUCACUCUGCAAAUGUUGGGCACUGUGUACAAGUUACUGCUCUAUAUUCUCUAGUUGGCUAAGCAGCUCACAGAGACGCACACGCAGUCAUAAUCUUUUGUAUGCCUAUCUGUUAAUGUGAAGGCAUGCAUUCCCAUUUGAGCUGCAUUGAAAGUGUUAUGAAAUGUUACCACUUCUGACCUACUUUUGGAAUUGGGACGAAAACGCGAACAGGUUGCAAAUUGAGGCGCUGUCAAAUUAGUAGAGAACUGCGCAGCCGAGGGGGUUAAGAGGAGAAAUUUUUAGCUAUUUUUAUCUGCAUCUGCAGUUUUAUAUUUUGUAAUCGUAGAUGGUUUGCCCUUUUAACCUGCCCCAAACCUUUCUGUCAUUCCACAAAUUGGAACUGCUUUUUCACACAGUGUCCUGCCGCAGUGUUGUGUUACACUGUGUCACAUUAGCACAACUGUAGUCCAACAGCGUGUUAGAUUAUAACUGAAGUUUGUCUGCAACGGUUUUUCUUAGAUACUGGCCAGUCUCAGCACCCACAGAGAGCAGGCAGAAGGGAUUGUGUUUUUCCAAUUAAGUCCAUAUGUUUUUGGACACUUUUUUUUUUUUUAAUUCCAGCUUUAAUUAAGCUUUAAUUCAAGGGGUUUAAACAAAAAUAUUGCAUUAACUGUUUAGGAAUGACAGCCAUUUUUAUACAUAGUUCCUCAGUUUUAGAGGUUCAAAAGUGAAACUAAUUCAGUUUUAAAUAGGAGGAUUAUUUUUAAUACUUGGAUGAAAAAAGACUGCCUGAAGUCUAGAACCCAUGGACAUCACCUGAUGUUGUGUUUCCUCCCUCAAAAUACUCCUUUACUCCAGCUGCUUUCAGUAACAGCUCUGUUGGGUUGGGAGAAGGUAACUGAUUUGAUCACUGGAGAACGUCCCAUUUCUUUGCCCUGUGAAACUCCUGGGUUGUUUUUGCUGUGUGCUUUGGGUCAUUGUCCAUUUGCACUGUGAAGCACCAUCCAAUCAGUUUUGCAGUGUUUGGCUGAAUCUGAGCAGGGAGCGAGAGCCCUUUACACUACAGAAUUCAUCCUGCUACUUCUGCCAAUAGUUGCAUCAUUCCUACCAGACUGAUUAUUUGAACACUCCUGAAGUUUUUGCUCUCUCUCCGGUUUAUUUAGGUUUUUCAGCCUAAUGAGGGUCUCAGCACCAAAUACAAGAUCAAUACACAGAAUCAACCCCAGAUAUUUUAUCUGCUUAAUUUGUCAGGAAAUAAUGAAGGAAUACUUAACAUCUGGCAUGUCUGUCAAUUGUCCAGUUAAUUUUGAGCCUCUGAAAAUCGGGGACUUCAUAUAAAAAUGGCUGUAAUUCUUAAAACAUUCAAUGCAAUACUUUGUUAAACCCUUUGAGUUAAAGCAGGAAGUCAGAUCUCGAGUGUUUGAGGUCAAAUCCACUGUCGUGGUACAGCAGCAAAAGUUGUCGUGGUCCAAAAACCUACGGACACAAUUCUCCCCGUGUCUGUGUGGGUUCUCUGAUUUCCCCCCACAGUCCAAAGACAUACAGUUACUGGGGUUAGGUUAAUUGGUUGUUCUAAAUUGCCCAUAGGUGUGAAUGGUUGUCUGUCUCUCUGUGU